AUGUGGCCAUCAACAAGUACGGAAAAGUUACCGGAAUAUGUUGUUGUGGCAUAUCCGGGAGUGGUGAAAAAUGCCGAGAAGGCGAUUGAAACUUUGGGUGGUGCUCAAACUCUUAGCAUGAAUCAUUUUGCUGGUCGUCCGAUCGAACUGCGACAUCAUCCGAAAAAUCUCUACGCAAAUGCUUUAGUAUCAGAGCGAGGAUCCGCCGAAAAGUCUUUCGGCGGUACCGGGACAGUAUUGUGUGUUGCAACUGUACGCCGCAAAAAGUCUGAUCCGAACUGUGUACAGGCAAAAGUGAUUGGAAUGGUUUCGACAGUUUACACUUUCAAAUCCAUGUGUGAUUUCCAUUAUUUACCCAUCCGUCAGAGUGAAAAAUUUCCAGGAUGUUUUGAAGAUUUAGUGCCGAAAUUAAUACCAUUAGAUCUUCCAGGCGCGCUAUCAUGGUGGAGCCAACCUGAAAAUGAACAUCGUACAUCCUUGCAUCUUCCUCCAUAUCAAUUCUCAAGGUAUUCGAUACCAUCAUCCAAAUUAUUAUGCAAAGAAACUGAUUUCUCACCGGAGAAAGUGAAACGGAAAAGCGCUGGACAUGGACAAAGUUUGCGAUCAGAAAGGAAAGCAUUAUCUAUAACAGUGCAUUCAACGGCUGACUUUCCAAAACAACCUACUGAAGAGGCAGUCAAUGAUGCAAAUAUUAGGUGUAAAAACGACGAGCCUCAUCGUUUGCUGCAGGAAUUGUUCGAAGAGCGACCAAUGUGGACCAGAGUGGGUAUUCUUAAGAAAACGGGCCUGGAUGAUGGUUUAAUAAAAACGCUGCUGCAAAAAUUUGCAUUUUACAUUUUAAAUGGACCAUGGGGACGUUUGUGGUGUCGCUUCGGUUAUGAUCCAAGAACUGAUCCAAAUGCAAAACAAUAUCAGUCAGUUAUGGUGACGUUUCGACAACAUGCUAAAAUACCCGAAAGGCAACGUUUGAAGAUUGUAACUAAAAAUAGUGAACGACCAGGUCACGUUUCGGUCACAAGUGCUUCAUCGUUAGCACCAGCGAUCCCAUCAACAUAUGGUUCUCUUUCAGAUGAGCAUAUCGAUUUUGCAUAUAUACCUGGAAAGCUUCCUCGCGUACGACAAAUGUGGUAUUGCAUAUGUGAUGUAAAGCUUCCAGUUGCGGAAGAAAUUGUACGAAAGGAAUUCUUUGCACACAGUGAAAAAGCGGAUCCGCAGCACGGAUGGCUGCCGCCGAAAGCCGUUGACCGAAUUCGUGAUGCUAUCAAAGAAGAUGUGAAGAAAGUGAGCAAUCAAAUCGAGGAAGAGGAGGGGAUACCAGACGAAAUCGAAGAAGAUUGACAUCUAAAAAUGGUUGAACAGACAACUGCUCCAACAGUUGAAGAUGAAAAAUCGCGUGCGCUGGGUGCGUAUCGCCGUAAACUUGUCGAAUAUCGUGAAGUGGAGGAACGUUUGAAACAGCUGAGAAAGAAAGAAGUUGAAGUUCAGAAGGAACACGAUAAAUCGGAAAAUGAUAUAAAAUCGUUGCAAUCGGUUGGACAAAUAGUUGGUGAAGUACUGAAACAGUUAACAGAAGAGAAAUUUAUUGUGAAAGCUACAAAUGGGCCCCGAUAUGUAGUUGGUUGCCGACGAUCAGUUAACAAGGGAGCGCUGAAGCAGGGUACUCGAGUUGCGCUGGAUAUGACAACACUUACAAUAAUGCGACAGUUACCUCGAGAAGUAGACCCACUGGUCUACAAAAUGAGCCAUGAAGAUCCAGGCAAUAUAUCUUAUUCCGAAGUUGGUGGGUUGAGCGAACAAAUACGUGAACUACGUGAGGUCGUUGAGCUGCCUUUAAUUAACCCUGAUUUGUUCCGGCGUGUUGGUAUUACUCCACCUAAGGGGUGUCUUUUAUACGGUCCUCCAGGGACCGGGAAAACUCUGCUGGCAAGAGCAGUGGCUUCUCAGUUGGAUUGUAAUUUCCUUAAGGUUGUAUCUUCUGCUAUAGUUGAUAAAUACAUUGGUGAAUCAGCGAGAAUGAUUCGUGAGAUGUUCAACUAUGCUCGCGAUCAUCAGCCGUGCAUCGUAUUCAUGGAUGAAAUCGAUGCUAUUGGUGGUCGUCGAUUUUCGGAAGGAACGUCAGCUGAUCGUGAAAUACAACGUACUCUGAUGGAGCUGUUGAAUCAAAUGGAUGGGUUUGAUUCACUCGGAAGAGUGAAGAUAAUCAUGGCAACAAAUCGACCUGAUACAUUAGAUCCAGCGUUACUUAGGCCUGGUCGUUUGGAUAGAAAAAUUGAAAUUGGUUUGCCGAAUGAGCAAAGUAGACUUGAGGUGUUGAAAAUUCAUGCUAGCAAAAUAACAAAACACGGAGAUAUCGAUUAUGAAGCUGUCGUUAAGUUAUCAGAUGGUUUCUCCGGUGCGGAUCUCCGAAAUGUCUGCACAGAAGCAGGUUUAUUUGCGAUUCGUGCUGAACGUGAAUACGUCAUUGACGAAGAUUUCAUGAAAGCAGUUCGUAAGGUGGGUGACGCGAAGAGAUUGGAGACGAAACUUGAUUACAAGCCUGUGUAA